AUGAGCGAUAAUUAUACACCUACAUCAGUGCUCAGUUCACCGAGCUCGCGAUCGUCAGAUCGUGAAAUAGAUUCUGAUACCACACCAUCGCCAUCGGGUGGCAACAAGUCUCCGGCGUUCAACCCCCAUUUACUAUCAAAUAAAUUAGCCAUGGUUCAAGCAUCUCAGGCACUAUCACAAGCCUCAAAUACACUUGCAAUUGCCGCGCAGGCUAUGUCCAAGGCUGCCGCAUUGCUUUCAACAAUGAAUGUUUCUGAUUAUGACGAUGUCUACGCAUUCCGCACUCGGAAUUUCGGGAGUGCUAAAGACUGGGUUGAGUCCCCAGAUUGGACAAAUGAUAGCUAUAAUCUCUUACAGAUACCCGCUCCGAGAGUAAAUAUUGUGGACCCGAACCAUAAACUUACAGGAUCAAAAGAUGCUAUUCUUGCGGGAGAAUUAUGUGGAACCAGUUUGGAAGGAGAAAGGGUUGAAUUUAGUGAGCCCAAGUCUACCCCUGCUAGUACCAUGGACAUAUGUCCCCCAAAACUAGCCUCAAAUAAACCGAAGCCACACAAUCCCUCGGCAGAAGCACAUUUGACAAGCACAUCCAAUCAAUCUACCUCUAGCACCCCAUGUGUCACUCAAUCAUCACCAACCGCAAAACAAAUUCCCCCAACUGCUCCGUCCAUUAACAAGGUUGAUUCUCCAUCACAUGAUACUAAGCAGAAACCUAGUACACAGCCGAACGGAAGCACUCCCGUGGUAGCGGCAAUAGCUCCCGAACCAGCUGCCAAACCAACUUCGGCCGCCGUUGUUCCCCCAGCUCCCGUAAAAAUUUCAGUACAGCCCGGUGGGAGCACAAACCCUGGUCAGUCUGCGGGUACAAACUCAAACCCCAUUGCUUCUCAGUCUAAUAAUACCAAGGCCGGAGUAUUAUCAAGUCCGACUCGCAUAAUUCUUGACUCUGGCUUCGACGGACUACCUGCGUUGUGCCACAUCACAAAACGUUUCCCAAAAACGGUUUGCCUCUAUAAUUACUCCGGCCUUACCGCAACUUUAAGCGCCGCUGUUAUGGUGAGGGCAAACGUCAAGAUUGGUGUAAUAGUCCCGCAGUCUACAAGGAAGGAUAAACUGGACGCAGCUACGAUAUCGCUGGACUUGCAAGUUCGUCAAAUACGCAAUUAA